UACUAGUAUGCAUACAGUUAUAGAUGUAUGUCAAUCUGCACCUAUAUAAUAGACUCCUACACAACUGAACAAACUACCUCAGUUAUCAUAUAUUCCUAGAUAAUCAUGUCUAAAUCUAAGACUGCCAUUAAGCUCCCAAUAUUCGAUAUGUCACAGCCCUUGUCUUCAUCUUCUUUGUCCUCCCUCUCUUUAGCUUGCAGAGAAUGGGGAUUCUUCCAUAUCAUCAACCAUGGAGUCUCCAAAGAUCUUUUCAAGAAACUAAAAUCCCUGUCCAGAAACCACAUUUUUGAUCUUCCUGCAGAGGUGAAACUUAAAGCUGGCCCUUCAUCAGCAGUAAAUACUUACACACCUCAUUUCAUCGCAUCGCCUUUUUUUGAGAGUCUCCGGGUGUCUGGACCUGACUUCUUCAACUCUGCCAAGAGUUCUACGGAGGCACUCCUAGACCAGCCAAACUCGGAAUUUUGUGAGAUACUGAAAGAGUAUGGGAGCAAUAUGACAAGACUCUCCAGAAGCAUUACUGACAUAAUACUGAAGUGCAUGGGUAAUGAUUUUGAAGUGAAAUUCAAAUCUGAAUUUGAUAACUGUCAUGGCUAUCUGAGGAUAAUCAACUAUUCCCCGCAUCAAGGUGUGGCUGAAAAAAGAGUCGAAGGACUUGGCAUGCACACUGACAUGAGCUGUGUAACCAUCGUAUAUCAGGACGAGGUUGGAGGGCUUCAAGUUAGGUCGAAAGAAGGAGAGUGGAUGGACAUAAAUCCUUGUGAAGAAACUCUGGUGGUAAACAUUGGAGACUUAAUGCAAGCCUGGAGUAAUGGAAAGCUAAGGUCAUCUGAGCACAGAGUUGUUCUGACACAACCUGUGAAUCGAUUCUCAAUGGCUUUCUUCUGGUGUUUUGAGGAUGAGAAGGAAAUUUCUGCACCUAAUGAAGUUGUGGGGGAGGAGAAUUUGAGGGCAUACAGGCCUUUUGUUUGUGCAGAUUAUAUGAGAUUUCGACAGAGCAGUGAGAAGGGUAAAUUUGAAAAGGUAGGCUUCACUGUGAAAGGUUUUGCUGGAUUAGAAGGGUGAAAGUUCACUUUAUGUUCAUGUAUGUAAUAAAUAAUAAUAAUAAUAUCUUGAUUCUUUAAAGUUUAAUUUCUUCUUUACAUCUUCUCCAAGUCAAUCUGGGGGUGCUAAGAUGGUAUUUGGGUGUUCCCUACUUAUUGGUGUCUUGAAGACUAAUUUGCAGUCUUUUAUAUGCAAA